CUCCAUUGUGUCGUGCGUAUCGUUCUCCACAUUAUACGAAACCGUCGUGCUUGUUCUUCAGCAGCUACCGAAGAUCCCGCUGGAGGUUGUGUGACCACCACUCCUCUCUACCACCAUUUCUCCCGGACUAUUGAUAUUUCCGUGUGGAUAGCUCCACGCUGAAAGCUGUUGCGCUCGGAGCUUUUCUGGACCCCGCCAUUUCUCUGUGAGGGUGGUAUGGUAUGAUCCACUUGAGAUCGUACCGACGUCAUUCCUACAUUCCGUCAACCGCGUGAUAUACCACCGUAUUCUUGCCUCCCAGGCUGGCAUUCUUCACCUAUCUCACCUAAAUUACGACUGAUUCAUCAUGGCCGAGCUGGAGCCUCAGCAAGCUCGCCGACUUUCGGCUGAUAAUCAAACUAUCUCCAAAUCCGAAAUCCCUCUGAAGGAACGGUUCUUCCGUUACUUCCAACAUGAAAUCACAGCUCUGCAACAGCAGAUGGAUCGGCUUGCCGAUACAUCGCUCGUGGGUGGCGAGCGAGCUGAUGCUACGGACCACUGCCUCGCAGGCAUUGUGCGUCUAUCCAAUGAAGUCAAAGAUGCUGCAAGCUACAUCCCUACAUAUGACCAGAGAGUCUAUGCCGAGGCGAUCAAGGCCUUGCAAGAGAAAUUGAACGAAGCUAGAGCGGCAUUCGAACCCCGAGCCAAGUUCAGUUUCAAGACGAAGAAAAAUCCCUCGGCGAUCUCUCUCUCUGACGCCGCCCUCCUCGCUGCCGAAGGUCGUCGCAGUGUCCCUGGCUAUCGCUCUCCUGGGGCAUCGUCAGUUGGCUCCUCGGCCAACAAUACCCCGAACUAUCCAUCCACCCCGUUGAACGAACCGGAUAAGCAGCAUCAAGAGAGGCCGGAGAUUGCACCGACUUCUUUCCCGGCCACGUCCGAUGGAGAUAUGGAGUCAAAAGCGCCGGCGCAGUCAAAGGCACCCCACUCAUUCGCAGCCCAGGGAGUUUCAAAUGUUUCUGUUGACGACCACUACGGCCUUCAUAUUAUGCUACCUGCUUCCGGCUCUACCUCUACAGUUCCUGCCUCUAUCACCUCUCUCCGGCACUGCGUCGUGGAUAUGUCGAUUCCGACCGCAGAUGGCAAGCCUUAUGCGAGCCUGACGGUGAAGGACAUUGAAGAAAGCUUGUUGAUCUGCGGUCAAGUCAAUGGACCAGCACAUAUCACAGGUAUGGAUCAUAGCGUCAUCGUCGUAUCGUGUCGACAGUUCCGCAUGCACAACUGCAAGGACGUCGAUGUCUACCUCAGCUGCUCGAGCAACCCCAUCAUCGAGGAUUGCUCCAAUAUCCGAUUCACCCGCAUACCAAAGGCUUAUGCCUUGGACCAUGAUCGCCUUGAUCACGAGGAUCGCUGGAGUCAAGUGGAGGACUUCAAAUGGAUCAAACCGGAGCCUAGCCCCAACUGGAGUCUCCUGGAUGCGAGCGAUGCGGUUCCCGAGGAAGUUUGGGCAGAAAUUGUUCCCGGCGGGCCGGGCUGGUCUCUUGAGGAUAUACUGCAUGCCAUCAAGCUGGUGAAAGGAUGAACAGACCCUUGUUCUUGACUUUGAUUUACCCGCCUUGACACGGUACGGCGUUUCGUGUAUGCUUAAGCAAAAUACGGAUGUAGCUCACUAUCUUUCAAUUCAAGUAUUUAAUGAUCUA